GGCGGGGCGGCCGGGGCGGUGGCCGGGGGCGCCCGCUCCUCCCCCUGCGGGCGGCCGGGCUGGCGGCGCCGAGCCCCCUGCGCGCGGCACAUGGGGCGCCUGACCGAGGCGGCGGCAGCGGGCGGCGGCGCUUCAGCGGCGCGCUCCGCGGGGCCCCCUCCCACUCCCCUUCCCCUGUCUUCCACCUCCCCCGGGGGCACGGCCACCAUGGCGUCCAGCGAGGAGGACGGCACGAACGGCGGCGCCUCGGAGCCGGGCGAGGAGAAGGAGGCCACCGGCAAGAGGAGGCGCCUCGGCUUGUUGGCCACUGUCUGGCUCACCUUCUACAACAUCGCCAUGACCGCGGGGUGGUUGGUUUUAGCUAUUACCAUGGUACGUUUCUAUAUGGAAAAAGGAACACACAAAGGUUUAUAUAAAAGUAUUCAGAAGACACUUAAAUUUUUCCAGACAUUUGCCUUGCUCGAGAUAGUCCACUGUUUAAUUGGAAUUGUACCUACUUCUGUGAUUGUGACUGGGGUCCAAGUGAGUUCAAGAAUCUUCAUGGUAUGGCUCGUUACUCACAGUAUAAAACCAAUCCAGAAUGAGGAGAGCGUGGUGCUUUUUCUGGUGGCGUGGACUGUGACAGAGAUCACUCGCUAUUCCUUCUAUACCUUCAGUCUUCUCGACCACUUGCCAUACUUCAUUAAAUGGGCCAGAUAUAAUUUUUUUAUCAUCUUAUAUCCCGUCGGAGUUGUUGGUGAACUUCUUACAAUAUAUGCUGCCUUACCAUACGUGAAGAAGACAGGAAUGUUUUCAAUAAGACUUCCGAAUAAAUACAAUGUUUCUUUCGACUACUACUAUUUCCUCCUUAUAACCAUGGCCUCAUAUAUACCAUUGUUUCCACAACUCUAUUUUCAUAUGCUACGCCAAAGAAGAAAGGUGCUUCACGGAGAGGUGAUUGUAGAAAAGGAUGACUAAACCAUGCCCCCGAACAAGGUGAUGCUGGUUAAGGCUGCAACCAGCUGGGGACUCAACUGGGCUAGACCAUCCCCAAGGACUCACAAAUGUGACUGAGAUUUGAUGCUGCCUUCUGGGAGCUGAGCUGUGGCUCUCUGCUAGCUUUCCUCUGCAUGGACUUGGUCUGUGGUUCGGCUUCUUCAAGGUAGGUGGGUUCUGAGCAACUGUGUCCCCAGAGGAAGGAAGGGGAGGGAGGCUGUCCCCGUAAAGUGAGACCCAGCCCCAGCCCCACACCUGUUGUUCAGGCAGACCCAGAGCCAGGCGAGACUCACAGGAAGGGGAAAUAAACUCGCCUCUCCAUGGAGAGAGGGACAAAUUUAUGUUCAUCUUUCGUCAGUCACAGGAAUGAGCCUUUGCCCGAAAUUAAUUCUAACUAAAACGUCCACUGCACAAUUCAUAUUAAAAAAAAAAAAAUCCUAGCUGGGAGACUUACCAGAUUCCUUGGUGGAAGAUCAUAACUCCAAAACCAACAUUACUGCUCCCACCACCCCCCGCCCCGAGGAUGAAGAAGGAGAGGUGGUCACAGCUUACUUAACACAGAAUGUCUGGGCAGCCUGAAAAGUUGUGUUUAGUGAGUUUUGCUUUGGAAUAACGCCCUCUGCUCACCUAGAGGGAAACUCCAACAGUCGCCGGAAGUCCGCUGCUGCAUUUCUUUCAGAGUUCGUGCAUAAUAGCCAAAUAAUAUUUGAAGAGCAUUAAAAUGUUUUCAAAUUCUAGUGUUAGGAAAUCUUUAGUUCCUGUGAGAAAUUGAUAUGAUUGUUUUUUAUACUCAAUGCAAAACGUAUAAGGAAUAUCAGAAAAAAAUUGCAGGUCAAAUUUAGAAAUACUGUAGGAUAUGAGUUGCAUAAAUUUACAUGUUAACUAUGCCUUAAUGAGGAUUUUUUACACUUGCUGUAUUUUCCAUGCAGUUCAUUACUGUCUAUUUCUAUUUUGCCAGUUUAGUGUUUGGUGCUUAUAUAUCUUCUAAAAUACUCUCUAAAAUAAAGCAGACACUAUAUGAAUGAAUGAAACAA